AUGCAAAUGCCAUAUCCAACACGUGGUUGCCCUUGCAGAGGAAGGUUUUGGCAUGUUGGCCCAUACUCUGUUCCAAGUAACAUUUUGGAGGCCAGAUGGCUCCCAAACGGUGACUUGCUUACGGCCAACAAUGAGCCUAUUUCGUUCAUGUGGUACCCAGGAGAGCAACAGAGCUUCACUUAUUAUGUUUUAUCAGCUCAUCAGGACAUCAUGAUGGCAGAGAAGGCACAAUGUUUAUACUGGCAAAAAAUUGACCAGUGGAUAUUGUUUGAGAGAACCUGGGAGAGGUAUGAGGCAGAUAUGAUUAGCAGGGAAAAGACUUUGUCAGAGACAGUCGUUCAGGAUGAUUCCACCGCAUCUGAGGAGAGAGGGAAGAAGAAGGACAAGGAGGACGACGAUAGAGAAGUAGGGGGUCCUCGCGAUACGAAACCUACUUUCGAUAACAACAACCACCUUAACAAUGGUGAGAGAGUGCUCAAGAAGCCUCCAGAGCUUGUUGUGGAGGAGUCGGAAGUUAUCAUGCCCAGGGAGGUGGAAGAUUGUGGUGUCACAUUUGGCUCAAGAAGAUCUACUUUCGGCGAGGCUGCUUCACCAGUGACAUCCAAGCCGACAAAAGAUCCCAGCAAAGCCCUUGAGUCACAAAGUGAUAAAACAGAAAGCAAAUAG